AUGAAUUCUAAAGUAUCGAUACAUAAAUACCCUAAUGAUCAUAGUACCUCUCAAUCGAGUUGGACUGGAGGAAUGGUGUCAUUUGAUACAAAACAACAACCAAAAAGUAGGAAAGAAGGAUCGGAUUCUGUUCCCUAUGAAUAUCAACCUCAUCAAAGUAAGAUGAAAAAAACACAGCCAACUAUUGGAACGAAUUAUCAAACACAACCUGAACCUUCUUCAUCAAAUUACAGACAAGAUGCUGGCUCAUCAUCCUCUUCAAGGAAACCAUCAUCUAUGAAAAACACUUCUCGUUCUCAACAACAAUUAGUGGAGGAUUCACCUCGAUCCACCUCAUCUUUAUCUUCUCAAAACGACUACUAUGAAGAGGAAGAAAUAUCAGAAGUUGACUCAAAGUAA